UGGAGGUGAGCGCCGGGCCGCGGACGAGGACCCUGGGCAGGGGACGGGGCGGGGACCGGGCUGCUGGCGGGCUCGGGCGUCACCCCUACCUGGGGGCGUCCCGGGCCGCUUCGGGCUGUCCUCCCCGGACCCGCGGUGGCCGGCGGGCGGCCCACCGCGAAGCCCCGGCUCUGACGAGGUCCCUUGCACCCCACCUUUGGAAAGCUGUCAGACUUUGUCACUUUUGCUUUCGUCCCCACCCCCCAGGGGGCAGGUGGCUUCACUGUCUUGGAAAAGGGAGACAGCCACGGCCGCGGGGCCGUGGAAAUCUCAGAACGCUGCCCAGCUGCCAGACCACAGGCCUGAGCCCCGCCCACCCACAGCACCGGGAAAACAGCCUCCACGGUCAAUAUAUAUUUUUUUAAAGAUUUUAUUUAUUUAUUUGAGAGAGAGAGAGAAUGAGAGAGAGCACAUGAGACGGGGGAGGGUCAGAGGGAGAAGAAGACUCCCUGACUAGCAGGGAGCCCGAUGCGGGACUCGAUCCAGGGACUCGAUCCAGGCACUCCAGGAUCAUGACCUGAGCCGAAGGCAGUCGCUUAACCAACUGAGCCACCCAGGUGCCCUCUCCACGGUCAAUAUUGUUGGCCUUUACGUAAUAAACAAUCUGCCGAUGAAGACAGGGGAAACCACGGCUGGAAUGACAUCCUCCCAGGCCUGAGGAAAACCAAAGCCCUUUCUCCUGAUUCACCAAAUUAACACUGACCACCCGCGUCACUGAUGAAGUUCCUAUGGUCUCGGGAACAGAGUUGUAGAACAGUUGGGGGACCUGGGCCCCUAGAAUGGGGAGGAUGUGUCAGGAGCUCCCUGUGUUAGGCCUGGGAGGUUUGAAGACUAUGUACGCUGAAAACAGAAAUACUCGACACAGGGUUGAGCCAGUUCGAAGGGCUCAGAAUUUGGAGGGAGCGCCACCGAUGCCCAGAAGGAUAUUUCCAGCUGCGUCCAGACAAGCAAAAAGAAGAAGGGACAGGCUCACUCUCAGACGCUGGUGGUAUAAUGCUUACAGGUAAGUGUUCCCUGCCAGGAGGGAUGUGCCCGUGUGCCCGGGACCCAGCUCCUGCCCAUACCAGGCCCUUCAGGGACUCAGAGAAUGCAGACCAGCCCCCAGCACUCUGGGGACCACAGAGCAGGAGAGACGGCCCAGAGGCACGACGUGGCAAAUUCACUCAGGGGACACCUGCCCACGUGGUAUGUCCUGGCUGCUGGUGGCAUGGCAGAGAACCAAAGAGAUAACACCUGUCCUCGGGAGCGGAAUUCUGAUUUACAGAAAGGUGGCUUUUAGAAGGACGUGGCUCUCAAGACAGCGUGGCCUCCCUGGUGCCCCCUGGCAGGCCUGUGUCCGUGGGAUGCCCUGUUCUGCUCAUAAACACAUGUGUCCUUUGACUCCACCCAGUGUCCUGGCCUCAAGCCUUCGCGCAAGGCAGACCCAGCCCUCCACACCUGCCUUCGGAUUCAGUUCGGAAUUUUCAUUGCCACAUGAACUCUGGAGAAACUCUCCCAGUCCCCAUUUGUAAAUGAAGUCAGUGUUUUUCUCAGCGAGUCCUCCGCAGCUGCCCACAGUGGGCCACCCCCACCAGGGAACCACCCAGCUCAGACUCAGGUGCCGCCCGGGGCCCAGGACCAGUAUUGUCUGUGAAGGAUCGAGGGGCCCCCCGGCCGGGCUAAGUAUAGAGAUGCGCCCAGAGCUCACCCAAGCUUAGGCCAGCCAGUCUGCAGUCCUGGCCGUUAGCUCAAGAAAGGCACCUGCUCCGCUAACAGCUGGGAUCAAAGCUAAGUGAAUUCGACUCAGACGGGAGAGUGGCUGACCCUUUUCCCUCUGGUCUCGUUAUCAUAAUUAACAGCGCUUGGCAGGAGGGGGAGUCACGCUGCCUGUGCCGCUCCCGCCGCCCUCAGAGCCCAGACACCAGCUGGCUCACACACGUGGAAUCACACCGCCUUUGGCCUCUGGGACUGGCUUAUGUCACUGGGCACGAUGUCCUCGAGGUUCGCUAGUCACACCAGCCAUUGGAGUCUCCUCCGUGCGAAGGCUGACUCGUACAUUGUGUGUGCGACGCCGUUUGUCAACCUACUUGCGUGUCGGUGGACGCUGGCUUGCUUCCUUCGGUGGUCGUGCACAUGAUGCUCUUUCUGCAUUCUGUCCCCUUGGGCACGGACCCACAGUGGGAUGGUGUCCCGAGGCGGGCGAGUCGGCAUGGCAGCUGUGAGGCUGGCAUGUCCGGCAUUCUGUGCUUGCAAUCGCCUGGAGCAAUUUAGCCACUCGCGAUGCCCCGCUGUCCCCAGACCCACUAAACCAUCUCUCCAAGGGGACCCAGGUCCCUGUACUGUUUUCAUGUCCGUGGCGAUUCCGAAGGACGGCCGAGUUCAAGAACCAUUCGUCUACACCAGGGAGUCUCCGGUUUGCGUGUGCAGAAAGUUCACACACUUGUUGAGAGUCCAGAGGCCCGUUGUAAGGCCGUGUCCUGUCCCUGGUCUGUGGGAGGCCUGGACUUCCUUGCUCCCAGGCCCCCCGGCGACUGACCUGCAGCCCCGGUGAGACCUUCUCUGCUCGUCUGUCCUUCAUCAAAGCAUGAGUGCGCCAGGGCUGGGGAGUGGAUCCACCCAGGUCCCUGAGCCUCUGGGACCCGAGUCCACGCUGGCCCCAGCAGGUCCCAAGCCCGUCCUGCAGGCUCUCCAGGCUCUGCCAGAGGCUCUCAGACAGAACAGCAGCUCCAUCCUCCAAACUGGCACCGUUAGCCUUGAACUGAAGCAUAGAUGCUCUAACACGUGCUUUGAGUAACAUGCUUAUUUAAUCCACAUGCUAGGAAAUGUGAAUUUCAUGUGGGCUUGUGGGCAUUUUCUUAGGUUUAAAUGAAGAAAACUGGGCCCAGCUGAGCCACCUCAUAUGUGAAUAAACACAACACACUUGAGAACCUGUCGGGGACCUCGGUUCCCCAUCCACAUCUGCUGUUACUGCUGUCCACCUGCUCCCAGGGAUCCCUGCAUCCCUCGCCUUGUGCAGCUCAGUGCAAGCCUGGGACUUGGGCUUGAGUGACCCUCAAGGUGAAAGCGGUCUCCUGCACCGUGUCUUUCAUAACCAUGUAACAUCUAUACGACUGCGCUACCUUCUCUCUAUCAGGUUUUUUGGUGCCACCAGGGAAGAUUCUGAGUGUUGGACACUAGCCUCCUUUCCUCAGAAGCCCCAUUUUUGUCGUGUGAAUUUGCGUAGCACGGGAUUUGGAGGAAGGAACACGUAUGUCACCUGAUGCACUCACAGUUAGCAGGCCUCAGGGUUUCCAUGGAAACCCCACCACAAAUCAGCCCCAAGGCGGAACGAAGCCUCUGCAGAGCCGUGGGCCAGCCCCAGGGGAAGCUGUCUCCGUGGCUGCGGGUUAAGGCUCUGUGCAGACCCACACCUGCUUCCUGUUACCCCCUUCCUUCGCCCCAUUCUCCAUCCUCUGAGCCACGGGGUCCUUCCUUUCCUCUGGAGGUUCCACUCAGAGCAGGCUGAAUGCGCCUCUGGCAUGGGAGACCAGACGCCUCACCACCCAGCGCAGCGCUGGGGACACAAGCCAGACACAGGAUCAUGGGAGGCCACCUGGGCUUUCUGUUUGGGGUGAUGCUUGCAGCCGGCCCUGUGCUUGCAAUUCCUUCCUGCGCCUCUGACCGUCAGAGGGCCUUGUAUCGCUCCUGCAACCUCACCCAGGUGCCCCCGGUCCCCAGCACCACCCAGACCCUCCUGCUGAGCUUCAACUACAUCUGGACUGUCACAACCACAUUUCCCUUCCUGGAGCGGCUGCAGCUGCUGGAGCUUGGGACUCAGUUUACCCCCUUCACCAUUGGCAGAGAACCUUUCAGAAACCUGCCCAACCUGAGGGUCUUGGACCUGGGCAAGAGUCAGGUAGAUUUCCUGCAUCCCCAUGCUUUUCAGGGGCUGCCCCACCUGCUUGAACUUAGACUCUUCCACUGUGGUCUGCCUGAUAAUAUAUUAAAAGAUGGUUAUUUCAGAAACUUAGAGUCUUUGUCUCACCUGGACCGGUCCAAGAAUCAGAUUCAUGGCCUUAACCUUCAUCCUUCAUUCUGGGAAUUGAAUUCCCUGAAGUCCACUGAUUUUUCCCUCAACCAGAUCCCCACUGUGUGUUCACAUGAGCUCCAGCCGCUGCAAGGGAAACCGCCCCUGUUAAACCUCACUGCCAGUCAUCCAUACAGCAGGGUCUCCGUGGACUGGGGCGCAUGCAUGAACCCGCUCACAAACACGGCCCUAGAAACCCUGGACGUUUCUGACAACGGCUGGACAGUGGACGUCAUGGGCCAGAUCUCCCUGGUUCUGGCCCACCACAUUAUGGGGUCCGGGUUUGGCUUCCCGAACAUCAGGGACCCCGACCGGAGUGCAGCGCUGCGGCUGGAUCUGUCCCAUGGCUUCAUCUUCUCCCUGAACUUCCGACUCUUUGAGGCCCUCAAGGACUUGAAGCUCCUGAACCUGGCCCACAACAAGAUAAACAGGAUUGCAAGAGAAGCAUUUUAUGGCCUCAACAGCCUCCAGGUUCUCAACAUGUCAUAUAACCUCCUGGGGGAGCUUUAUAAUUCUGAUUUUUAUGGACUCCCUCAGGUAGCCUAUAUUGAUCUUCAAAACAAUCACAUUGGGAUCAUUCAGGACCAGACCUUCAGAUUCCUGAAAACAUUAUGUACCUUGGAUCUCCGGGACAAUGCUCUUAAAACAAUUCCUUUUCUGCCAAGCCUAGACACUAUAUUCUUGGGUAGCAAUAAACUGGCAGCCUUGCCGAGCAUUAGACUUAAAGCCAAGUUCAUCCACUUGUCAGAGAACAGGCUAGAAGAUCUGGAUGAUCUCUAUUUCCUCCUUCGCAUCCCUGACCUCUACGUCCUCAUUCUGAAUCAAAACCGCUUUUCCUCUUGUAGCCGAGCUCAUGGCCCAACAGGGAGCCUCAGCUUAGAAAAGCUUCUCCUUGGAGCAAACAUGUUGCAGCUUGCCUGGGAAACCAGCUUCUGCUGGGAUGUGUUCAAGGGGCUCUCGCGGCUCCAGAUCCUGUAUCUGAACAACUACUUGGCCUUUCUCCCGCCCGGGGCACUUCGUGACCUGACUGCGCUGAGGGGCCUCGACCUCAACUCCAACAGGCUGAUUCAGGCUCUUGCUCCUGGCGAUUUGCCUGCUAACCUGGAGGUGCUGGACAUGUCCAGAGACCAGCUCCUGUCCCUGGACCCCAACUUGCUGGCGUCCCUCAGAGCUGUGGACAUAACGCACAACAAGUUCAUCUGUGAGUGUGACCUCCAUCCUCUCAUUACUUGGCUCAACCAGACCAAAGUCACUGUAUUUGGGUCUCGUGCAGAUAUCUACUACACGUACCCCAACGCGCUCGCAGGGACACCUCUCUCCUCUGUUUCCAUGGAGGGCUGCGAUGAAGAAGAGGUCUUGAAGGCCCUAAAGUUGUCCCUUUUCGUCUUCUGCACGGUCACUCUGACUCUGUUCCUCAUGACCAUGCUCGUGGUCACCAAGCUCCAGGGGCUUUGUUUCAUGUGUUACAGGGCUGCCCAGAGACUGCUGCCCACGGUCCAUGCUGAGUGCCGCGAGUCCAACACGUACAAAUACGAGGCCUACCUCUGCUUCAGCAGCAGAGACUUUGAGUGGGUGCAGAGGGCUCUGCUCAGACACCUGGAUGCCAGGUUCAACCUGUGCUUUGAAGACAGAGACUUUGUCCCAGGGUGGGAGCACAUCGCCAACAUCAAGGACACCGUGUGGGGCAGUAGGAAGGUGGUCUGCCUCGUGAGCAGACACUUCCUCCAAGACGGGUGGUGCCUGGAAGCCUUCAUUUACGCCCAGAGCAGGUGCGUGUCUGACCUGGACAGCGCCCUCAUCCUGGUGAUCGUCGGGUCCCUGUCCCAGUACCAGCUGAUGAAGCAUCAGUGCAUCAGAGGGUUCGUGUGGAAACGGCAGUACUUGAGGUGGCCCGAGGAUCUCCAGGACGUUGGCUGGUUCCUUCACACACUCAACAUUCUGAAGAAAGAGAAGGACGCCAACACAGACAGUAGCAUCCAGCUGCAAACUGUGGCGACAGUCUCCUAGUCAAGGAGCAUUUCCAGCUAAUCCCAAGCCACAGAUAACUCUUACCAUUUCAGGGGCCUGUUUUGGAGAGGUUUUGUUUUUUUCCUACUAGGAAAACAACAUCGCUCUUGAUUCCCAUAGCCACAGGAUGCCUGGUCUCACUGACCCGGAAAUGGAAAGGAAUCCUGUUUUCUCCACUUGCACCGACCAGGCCAUGCCCUUGUCGUGGGAAGGGCCUGGGAGAGGGGUCCCAGAUGGCUGCGAGCCUUCCUCUGGUGCUUGCUCUCGGUUGGCAAGGGGCGCCCUCUGCUCCGCAGAACAACACUGACGAAGAAACACAGAAAAGAGGGCGUGUUUCCUGCUUCUGCCACAGGGAUGGUGCCACUGCUCAGUGCCAGUCCCGCUCGGUCUGGGGGCAAGCCGUGGCCCCACAGAAGCGGGCAGGACAGUACCUGGAUCUCGUUGCAGCCGUAGCACUAUCCCUGUUUCUUGUUAGCUCUUCUCCUUCGCACAUGGCCUGAGUUCCCCUCCAUUCUCUCCCACACCCCGCUCAUCAGCUGCACACAGAGAGCCUGGUUCCAGGCCUCAUUCUGCUGCUCGGGGGUGGCUGUGUGACUGUGAGUACGUGACACACCCUCUCUGGGCCUGAUUUCUCAUCUGCGGGCCUGGUGCUCUCUACCAAGGACGUCAGGCUUCUCAGAUCAGCCCUGCUGUGGCCCCGAGGGCGUGCGCACACGGAGGGGCCUUCGGGAGGCAGUGGGAACUUCUCUGAAGUUGUAUUUUUUUUUUUAUCUUAAAUCUCUACAUAUUUUG